UUUUCUGCAGUCAAAAUUAGUGUACCAAGAACGGUUUAACAAUCGGUAUGAAACACGUCAGACAACAUUUGACCCAAUGAUAGGUUGCAUUGACGAACUAGUUCGUUAUAACGACCAUAAAAUUUGCGAAAUGCUGACUUCAAUCGAGACUGUUGAAACCCCUGUACCAUCAACUUGUUUGUCAGUAGCUUGCCUCGAUUUAAAAACUGACCAUACGCAGAACAAUGAUAUUGAUCCCCUUACAACAGGCUCGCCGAGAAAUGUAGAACCGCAUUUAUGUAAUAUUGGUGCUCUGGCAAAGUUCCAUAUAAUAAUGGAACAACAACAUAACAUAACACCAGUACUGUGUGAAAUAUUGACAUUUAUUAGAUGACAAUAAACAGAUAUUAUCAUUUUAUAUAAUUAUAACAAAAACAAGCUACGGGGAGAUCUAGAUAAUACUGACAGCACAAGUUGCUUGUAUAAAAAUCCCUGAAUAUGAUAAAGUGAUAUCCCCUGUUAUACAACUAAAAUUAAAAACUUGAGAAAAUAAAAUAUCCCAAAAAUCAUCGAACAAUCGAAAAAUAUAUACAAAAAAAAAAAAAUCAGCCUAGCAGAAAAAACAGCAGCAGCUGCCUAAACAUUACAAAAUAGCUGUCUAUAAAUAUAUAGGUGGAGGAAGGAGAAGGAGGGUGUGUAAAACGUCAAAAUUCCUCCUUGUAACAAUUCAAUUUCAGAACUGACGCGAUCUAAACAUCACGUGAUAUGACCUUACCAUAUGAUUGGACAAUACAUCAGAAACUUGAGCUGGUUAAAAACCACAAAAUGACCUUAAAUACAGACUGUUACAAUAAUUACAUAUACAAUGUAGAUAGAGAAUGAGUUCGCAUAUCACAAAUUGGUGCUCUGGCAAAGUUCCAUAUAAUGAUGGAACAACAUUGAAACAUAACACCAGUAUUGUGUGAAAUAUUGACAUUAUUAUAUAUGCAUUUGUUUGGUCAGCCUUAUGGCUUAUGUACAUGAUUUAAACAACCAUGUACAAACCAUCUCUUGAUUUUAAUUGGAUACUAUGGUUUCCAGGAUACAAGUAGAAGACCAUGGUCACAUGCUUGGGAAUUUAGAAAUUCGUACAAGAUACCAUCUUCACUAGCCCAGGGUUUUCGCUCCUUUAUGGGGAUCGGAGUGGACCGCAGACCCUUGGCUAGUGAAGAUAACAAGAUACAUUUUCCAUCCAAAUUUCCAUUUUGAAUGCUUGUAGCUAGCGUUGAACAUUUGGUGAACGUUCUUUUGAUUCUAAAUUGCAGGGGAAACUCUGAAUAUUUCCUAAAUUGCAGUGGAAACUCUGAAUAUUUCCUAAAUUGCAGGGGAAACUCUGAAUAUUUCCUAAAUUGCAGGGGAAACUCUGAAUAUUUUCUAAAUUGGCUUUUUCAGUUGGAUAUAUCUUAUUCAUCAAUGUCAAAAUAUACAUUUGCAAAGAAUUCAAACAUUUGAAAUAUAAUUGAAUAUUAAUCUACUGUUGAGCAUCAUUAACCCUAAUCUAACGCUGUCAUAUACAAAGUGCCAUGUAUCAUUGGUUGUGCAUAUUUAAUAAAAUAAUUAGAAAAACUGGUGAUAAUGAAAAUACAUGUACAAUUAUUUUUUUUUUUUAAAUUCCCAAGGGUGUGUUUAGGCGUGUGAUUGUACUCCACGUCCAUUGACAAAAUAAAUGAAGAGAUUAAAAAAAACGAUAGAAUACAAAAAAGUAGAUGGGGAAAAAAUAAUAAAGAUGAAUUUUUCAUUGACUUGGGUAAAGUCAUUACAGGCGAGGAAAGAAUGGCGUUUGUCAUAUCUCUUCCGAUUGCUUGUUUUCUCGAAAAUACCACGGAAAAUUAACAAAAAUGCACGAAUUUUCUUCAACUUUGUAAAUUUUCCACCGUUGCAGUAAUACUAUACGUAUAAAAAAGAAUAAUGCCGAAUACCUGAGCAAAAUAUGAAUUUCUUGUCCUCCGGCAGAUAUACUAAACUCCGUAUCAAGAUGUUAAGAACACCAGCUUCCUGGGAAUCCCCCUCAGGGCUUUGUCAUGGGCCUAUUUGGGUUCCAAACCCCUUGCCACGUCAUUCCUCUAAAUACGCCCCUGCUUCCCGUUCUUAAAAGUCUGCUUGCCUCGGACAAUAUGGCUACAUGUACAUACAUAUACCACAGCACAUUUUCAAAAUACUGAAACGAAGAAUUGGCUCGUAUAAAGAAGGAAGCUUUCAAAUAGAGGCACUAAAUGAUCUCCUAGAGAAUUGACGAUUCAAUGUAAGAACGACGUCUUUAGGUAGGGGCAUUGUGUAAUAUCUAAAUUAAGUUGUAAUUAGAUAUACAAUAAACAUGUGUGGCUACGGAAGAUCCAUUCAUGAGAAAGUAUUGAACACCUUAAAUAUCACCACGGUGACCUAAGAAUGCAUACUGACCAGAGGCGGGUCCAGAAAAAAAAAAGGUUGAUGCGACCCAACUUUGUACUUGUUCCGGCCCAAAUUGGCAAAAUAUGACCGUUUUGUUAAAAAAGAAUUUCAACCAAAGGACGGGAGUUGCUACAUCCAAUGGGUCUGUGCCCUCUAGAUCCGCCACUGCUGUCAUCCCCUCCCCCGCGUUAGAAUCAAUGAUAAGCUUACUGGGAUUAUUGCUAAUAUCUCCUUGAAACUUUUCUCGCAAACGUCCGAUCACUUGGAUUUCUAAAAGGAAUGUUAUCAUCAGUGUCCUUUGCGACAUUUGUACACUAGAAUCUUCACGAAAUAUAUUUAUGUUUCAGUCUCACAGCUCUGUUUUUGCUGAGUAAGGAUCAAUUAAAUCAACACUAGUGUAGAGGUGAAAAAUGUCAUUUAUUGAAAAUCAUGAAAAAUAUAUAGAUCAGACUAACAGGUAAUCGCACAAUGCAAAAUGGUAUUUCAAUAUGCCGAUCCCCUACAAUUACAGAUGUACAAUAUACAUGCGCAAAAAUACAAACUACAUAAAGUAUACAGCAAAAAGAUGAUAUGUACAUCAACAUAGACAAUAAAUAAAUAAAAGUGCAAUUGGAAGUAAGGUAGGAAAGUUUGGGUGGUGAUGGGUGUGCUGAAAUUUUAUGUUGCUUUACUACUGUCGCUAAAGUGAGAAUCACCAAAUACUCAAUGGCCACUUACCAACCUGCAUCAAAUCACGUGAUCAUGAGGAUCAAUAUCUAUUGGCUAUUAGCUAUUAGACCAUGGAGAAGUUUGAAAUUACAUAACCACCGUGUACAACUCCACCGUAGGGGGUGCGGAAUAGUGAUCUUAGGAGGUACGGAAUUCGAAGCGUGUUUUACUAGAUAAGUUGACAUAUUUAGCUAUAGAGAUAAAACUAGUUUUAUACUAACAUACCGCUUAAUUACUCUUACUCGUUUCCCACCUUGCAGUUGGUGCUGGAAAUAGGUGAACACUUCAACAAUAUUUGGCAACCACACGUAAGGAUGCAAAUUCGAUCGAUAUUUGGUGAAAUUUUCAAUUAUUCUACCACUCCAUAUAGAAUAGCUAAGACGCAUUGCGUCUGUACAUAUCGCUGUAGCAGAUACUUCCAGGAAUUCCUAAAUAAACGGUCAAUUUCAGUGUGGGAUUUAUUUUUUGUAAAAACAAAAUGCAGGUAAAAAUUGUAUCUGAAAUUUCGCGAAAAAUUAUAUGUUAUUGAGAAACGUCGCGUGUGACCUAAAUCGGCACAUAGAAAAAACAAGUCAGGUUCUCGAAUGACGAAAAACGCAGAAAAGUAAAAAAUAAUAAAAAAAAAAAAAAAAAAAAAAAAAAAAAAUGCAACUUACCUAUAUAAUGACAACAUUCAGGUUCUCCUUUUGUACAUGUACGUUUUAAGAAUAAUGAGAAGGACUAUUUUUCUGGGAAGUGGUGCUGUUGUUUAAGAAGCAUGUGCUGAGACCCCGUGCAGGUGUAUGAAACGGGUUAUAAACAAAGAUGAACUGUGAUUUUUUUUGACAUGUUAACGUCUAACGAUAAUCUAGAAUGCAAAUUAUAUCAAAAGACAAAACUUCAAUGAACUCAACAAGGACAUACCUGUACGGACUAAUCAGUGAAGUAAAUCGCAUACAAAAUGUAUAUCGUCCUCUGAAUAACUACCAACAAAUCGAGGGUGUGAUUAAUUACUGCAUGCAGAGGGGAUAUUGUUCACCGAGAGCAUGCAGAUUUCCAUCAUUCUAUAUAUAAAUUACGCGUGCAAAGUUGAAACAGUGCAAGGUUUUCCUCUCAAAACAGUGGCAAUACUAAUCCGCGGCGUUGUUUAUAAAAUCCAAUCGAUGGCGGAUUUCUUUUAGGACUGAAAGAUAUUCUGACAGAAUAAGGAACCCGAUUAUGUUCGGUAAUCACUGUUCCCGUGUCGGAGUAUACGACGCUAUAUGGCGGUUUAUACGAAACUCUCAUUAUAGAAUUCCUGUCGAUGACCUUGUGAAUAUUGUCGUUACCCAGGGAAGGCGCUUGUGUGAUGUCCUAAUACAUUUCUGUUUUGUGCAAGAAGUAACAGGAUAUGUAAGGACGGCUCCACAGGGAAAGUUUGCAGAUGAGCCGUCAGUUGGCAGAACAAGGAACAUGGUUCAUGGAAUGAUGGUCGGAUUCCUGCUGUUUUUGAACAGUCAGAUUGGUGGCGCUUUUUUUAUGAAUGCUGGAAAUAGAGUAGGAGUCCAUGUUUUUACAGAAAUAACCCCAACAAACCCCACUGUAUCAGUAAAUCAAAUUCUAGAGCUGAACUGCACCGUGUAUGAGGAUUCUGGACUGAAUGCCUCGAUGCUGUUCUGGGAAGAUUAUACCGGAAGCAGAGUGCCCAGAGACGCUAUGAUUUCCGCAGGGGAACGCACCCUGUUGUUCAGGAAAAACAUCACCAGUGUCAAUGAGGAAGGGCACUACGUGUGUAAACGAACAGAUGUUGAUGGAUUACCACGCAGCUCUGUUGGUUCUGCGCAUCUUGUCACUGAGUACGAGCCUGUACGGGACGUUAAAAUUUUUUCCUGUAUCUUACACCAACACGAAAAGUUUUCCUGUAGCUGGGACCUUGGAAAAUAUAAACAUCGGGCAUACCUAGACAUCAAGAUAGUCAUGUCGACUGACAAUGGCCGAACAACCAUCCCCUGUCCACAGAGAAAGGUGCUACAAAAUUGUACAUGGACAGCAGCAGACGGCGAAAUAGGAUCAAUGUCAAGAAUCGUUCUACUGAACAUAACUAACAAAGAAUUUAAAAUCAGAAAAUCAUUUCGGAGGGAUUACAUUACUCGGUAUAUAACAAAAUACAAUCCAACUAAUACUAUAGACGUCAGACAUGAGAACUGUACGGAAUGUAAAUGUGUGACCGUAUCGUGGGAGGGGCUUCCCGGGAUCAAGGAACUAUCCUCCAGAGUUUCUGUAAAGUCCCUCUCAGCGUGGAACAAGGAUUCUUGGGUACAUAAUGUGAAAGUGAAAACCAGAUUAAACGUGUGUAAUCUGGUACCCGCCUCCGUGUAUAAGGUUGAGAUUCAGUUGAAGCCAACGGGAGGAAAGUACUAUAGCGAAGCGAAGAAAGUGGAAUUUACCACAUGCUCAACAGCUCCAUCAAAGAAACCUACUAUGUUCUCUAGUGGAUAUUCCGCCAGUAAAUGCGAUGGCAAUUCUAUAUUUCGCACAGUAACAAUUUACUGGAAGAAAAUUCCCAAGAAGAAUCGAAAUGGAAAAUUGACUCACUACGAAAUUACUUCUGAUUCCGGUAAUCAGACCAGAGUAGGGGCAAGCAACUCUUUCGGGUAUAUUUCUAUUCCAUGUGAAGGCAGUCGUGUUAUAUCUGUAAGGGGAUGUAAUCGGCAAGGGUGUUCUACAGAAGCGUCCAUUACAAUACCAUCAUACGAAAAUAUUACUCCUCUGCGGUUCGUGGUAAUGGAAAGCAGCGGCAGGUCUAAAUGGCACUUAUCAUGGUUUGAAGCAGUACAUCAGACAGCGGCAGACAUUGUGUGGUGUAGUGGUCUACCCGCCGUAUUGCAGUGCAAGGAUGAAAUACGCACACUACGUAUGAAUGGCAGUAAUCAUAGUAUUGUUUUGGAUUCGGACACUGUCGACGCGCCUGUGGACAGCGUCAUCUUUGGUGUGGCUAUCCUCAACGAGCAAAAUAUCAGCAGUGGGAUUAGAUGGCAGAAGGAAUGUAGAUACAUCAGAAAUACAGUACCAAAUAAUAUCACAGACGUGGAACUUCUUCCUGAAGCCCCCGAGAACAGCCUCAUGGUAUCUUGGUCGGCGGUCACGUGUGAUGCCUCAAUUACACAUAAUGUCUAUGUACACUCUUACCUCAUAACGUACUGUGAGAUAAGCUCCCAAGGUCAUUGCAAAGGUGAACCAAAUCGAAUAGAGGUUUCAGCAUCUGGCAAAACGCAGCUGACAAUAAAAGAUCUGGUCCCAGAUGCCACUUAUGGUGUGUGGGUACGAGCAGUUUCACUGACAAAUCAGGGACCUAUCAGUAUCAUGGUGACUGGUCAACCUACCAAUAACGAUUUAUCAGAUGGUGCUCUUGGUGGGAUAGUUGUUGCUGGAGGAUUCACUCUCGUCCUGGUGCUAUCCGGAAUUGUUUACAUUUUACGACAUCUGGGAAACAAACUCGGGAUUCAUGAAAAGUACCCCAUCCAAACCAUUCAAAUAGUGCCAAUGAAAUCCAUGUCUCGGGAAGAUCCAGAUAUUAAUUCAGAAAAUUAUACAACCCGAACUCCACUUUUAGCCAUCAAAGGACAAUCAUCAGUUGAAACGAGUUUUCAUUCAGACUCUCAAGAAACACUAAUAAAGUACUUGGAUAGAAGUCGACAACGAAUUCCAUCUUCUAAUUCUUGCAGUGACCAAUUGGAAGUUAUUGGAAGUAAAGGAGGGAAAAAAGAAAACAACGCGCAUGGAAGUGUUACUCUCUCAUUACCAAAUCUAUCUCCUUCAUCUGGAGAGUCAAUGAUAAAAGAGAGACUGGUAUUGAAUGGUGACUCACCAGUUAUAUCAACUAAUUAUGUUAGGGCCACCACAGUAACAGUUCAAGGUUUACAGCAGUCUUCAGCUGAUAGUACAAACGAUUCAAAUACAUCACAGUUUGAAUCAGAUGCUGAAGAGUGUAGAGUACAAUGGGACAAUUGCUACAAGAAGUUUGAGGAUUGCAUUCCAGAUAGAUAUCCUCAUCUUGAGAUGAUUACAUAUGUGGUUCAGGCCCCACAAACAAAUUUUACAUCACGCAAUUCUUGUGAGGAUGACAUUGAUGCAAAUGGAAGUCGCGAAAAUCUGAAACAACCAAUGGAUAAUCCCGAAAUCGAAAACUAUAAAGGUGGAUUGUAUGAAUACAUAAAUGGUCAAAACAACAUUUUAAAUGCAUCCCCAGAUUGUCUUACUGACUGUUCAGUGCAUGAUGCACAAUAUGUCAGUAAUAACACAGAAGAUUGGUGCCAAGAUCCAUCUGACGAGAAUGACAAGUCUCUGGUCAGUGUAGAACAAUCAGACUAUGUUAGUGAUAAGAUUGAAGAUUGGUGUGAUCGGUCAUCGGACGAGAAUGACAAGUCUCUGGUCAGUGUAGAACAAUCAGACUAUGUUAGUGAUAAGAUUGAAGAUGGGUGUGAUCGGUCAUCGGACGAGAAUGACAAGUCUCUGGUCAGUGUAGAACAAUCAGACUAUGUUAGUAAUAAGAUUGAAGAUUGGUGUGAUCGGUCACCGGAAGAGAAUGACAAGUAUCUGGUCAGUGUAGAACAUCCAGACUAUGUUAGUAAUAAGAUUGAAGAUUGGUGUGAUCGGUCAUCGGACGAGAAUAACAAGUCUAUGGUCAGUGUAGAACAAUCGGACUAUGUUAGUGAUAAGAUUGAAGAUUGGUGUGAUCGGUCAUCGGACGAGAAUGACAAGUCUCUGGUCAGUGUAUCGCAUCCAGACUAUGUUAGUAAUAAGAUCGAGGAUUGGUGCGAUUGGUCGUCGGAUGAGUUGAGCAAACCAUUGGUCAAUGUAGGGCAAUCAGACUAUGUUGGUAAUAAGAUCGAAGAUUGGUGCGAUUGGUCAUCAGACGAGAUUGAUAAGUCUCUUGUCAUCGUUGAAUAGCGCAUGGAUUAUGUACUCGAUGCAGACGGAAUGGGGAGAUGUGAUACUUCAAACUGCGAAAUCCAGGAGUAUUUGCUCAGAACAAUCAUUAAGUAGUCCUUCUGAUGUUCUAGGUGUCUCUCUGAAUUACGUUCUUCCUGACAUCGCUUUGUCUCUAAUGAAUUAGAAACACUAAGACAGACUAACUACUGAAUCUCAUGACAUGAUAUUAUAAGAAAAAACAAUGCAAAUCCAUCGUCCAAGCAAACAUAUUCUACAUGAAAAUAAUGAACGUGCUAUAGACGCUGUUUGAUGAGAAGACCAGUACUUUCCACAUGAUGUUAAUGAAGCUGUGCAUGGAUUACUGACAACAAAAAAUACUUCAUUCUGUUAACAAACACCAAACUACUACAAAAUAUAUUCUCUUCUUCGAGCUACAGUUUCAUAUUUGAUUGACAAUCCAAAAAGCGAAAACAAUCCAAAAUUACGAGGGCUGUUCGAUAUGUAAUGUGUGUUGUACCACAGCGCGAUAACGCUUUGCACUUCUAGCUCUAUUCACACAGCUCUAUUCACUACCUUUCCAACGGUAUAAACACGAGCUUUUAAACUUAUAGUCAUUUCAAUAGAGGCAGUCGUUGACCACUGUUGUAAAAAUGGUUGGGAAACGGGUUGGGAAUAUUGAAGAAAUUAGAGCUUAAAUAAGAGUUCGUACAAAACUUGGUCAUUCGGAAAUGCAGAUUUUUUACUGAAUUGUAGGAAGUAUUUGGGUAUGAUAAGGUAUCUUAUGAGACAGUUCGUAGGUGGAGAAAGAACGUCCGUCAAAGAUGCAGCAAAAUCUGGCCGACCUGUGACUGUAACAGGCAAGGAAAAUGUCUCAAAAUUCAGGGAAAUAAUUUAAAGUGAUGGCAGAUACAUGAUUCGUGCUAUUACCAAAGCUGUUGGCAUAUCGCUAUCGUGGGUGCAUUUUUAUUUUGAAGCGUAUUGUGAAAGUAGGAAAUAUUUCUGCUAGAUUGAUACCGCAUAUAUUGACAGAUGACCAGAAACGGGAAAGAGUACAAACCGCUAAGCAAUUGCUCAAAAUGUUUCCCAAAUCCAAUCAAAGGCAAUUUGCAAACAUUGUUACUGGUAACGAAACAUGGGUUCACUAUUUCGAACCAGUAAGAAAUAUUGGAAACACAAUAUGGCUAACUAAACACGGCCUGUAGUUGCCAAAAGGACCAUAAGCACAAAUAAGGUUUUUUAUUGCAUAUUCUUCUCAUGUGAUGGUAUAGCCGUACAAAUGGCGUUGCCGAACGGCAAACGUGUUACAGGUCGGUAUUACCGAGAUGUUAUACUAAAAAUGGUCAAGAAAUAUUAUCAUAAACGGCCCUUUGUCAGGAUUUAGGCAUGUUCGUCUACUUCAUGAUAAUGCUCCAUCACAUACAUCUGAGCUUGUGAAGCCAUUUAUGAAGUAGGAGAAGGUUACCGUCUUGCCACACCUACCAUACUCUCCAGAUGUAACCCCAUGCGACUUUUUUCCUUUUUCCAAAACUUAAAAGUUCUUAUAUCCUAGUCGUCAUUACAAAUCCCGACAAGCCCUUGGCUCAGCCAUCAGUCAGUGCUUCAAAGGUCUACCUAAAUCAGCAUACCGUGACGCAUUUCAGAAAUGGAUUCAGAGAUUGAAAUGCUGUAUUUCAAACAGUUAAUACUUUGAAGGAAUUUAAUGUUCAUUUCACUAUUUGAGUCGAAUGUUUUUGAGAUAUCGUACAAUACACAUUUCAUAUCGAACAGCCCUCAUAUUUUACUUGACUACAAUCAUAACUGAAGGAUUUCAAUUUGUUUUUAACAACAGUGUUAUGGUAUCUGGAAUAAAAUCACUGCGCGUGUA